UCUGCAGGAGGGGAGCUGGGAUAAGGAGAACGAUGCGGCUCCUGCAGGGAUGCUAUGUGGGAUGCAGCGGGACCUGCAGCUCUCCCUGCCUCCCUUCAGGGGGCACUUAAACACCCAGAGGCAGAGGGAUGGCUCCAUCCUCAUGCUGGGGAACAUACUGGCAUUCCUGGUCUGGCCUGAUGCCUGAUCACCCUCAACCAAUGUCGGGUCUGCUUUGUGCUGCUCAGGGCUCGUUCCCUGUUACGUACCCAUCUAAGGGCUGGAGAACUGAGCCUUCAGUGAGGCUGGGCCAAUUAACCUGCCUGCCCCAUGUCAGGCCUUGUCCCUGUGUGGACACACUGCUGUGAACCAGGUCCUGUGCUGACCAGGGCAUGGAAUAGACCGAGCAGCCUAAGUUCUAUUUGCUCACACACCCCUUCAGCCACAGCAGGACGGGGAUAACCCUAACAACUCCAUAUAAGCCUCCUGAGAGCUCCAGCACUCUCAUUUUGGUAUUAAUUAUUACACAGAAGCAAUUACUCCUCCUGGCAGCGGUGCCAGGAUGGUCUCCUAUUACAGCUGCCAGCCCAGGGCUCAGCUGAGGAUGCUCGGGUAUCUGGCAGGGCUCCUUCGACUGUGGUCCAGUGCAUCUCUAUUAACUCUGAAGCAUUGCUGGUUUUCUAGAUGCCAGAGAGGAGCAGGCAGAGGCUGAAACAUGAGGGAGAGGGGUGGGAAGGAUGGAGCAGGGAGCAGCAGUGAGUAGAGCAGGUUGGGAUGCUGGAGGGGGGGCAAUAUGGGGAACCCCCCCUGCACAGGAGCACUGCCAGCUACCCAAGCCCCAUAGCAGUGCCCCCCGUGCUUCCCAACCUUCCCUGCAAUCCCCCCAUUCCGGCUGCACCGCGUUCUCCCCGCAGCCGGCAGCGAGAGGGUUACGGAAGGCGGGGACGCACCGGGGCCGCACCGGUACGGGCACGGCCGGCGGUGGGCUCCCUCCCCCGGCCCGGGGAAGCCCCGAGCGAAGCCCCCGCGGGGCCGGAGCCCUCCGGGAUGCGGGAGGAGAGCAGAGGAUGCUGCCGGGAGCGGCGGGGCCGCACCUGCGCUGCCGCAACCGGGAGGCGGCGGGGUUGGGGCGGGGGCCGGGAGGGAGGGAGCGGAGCGGCGGGGCCGGGGCAGCGCAGGGGUCGCCCCCGAAGCCGGCUGCCCUCGAAGGAGGGGCAGGGAAGGAGGGAAGGAGGCAUCGCGACAUUUUUCCUCUCCGCGUCGCUCCGCUCCCUCGCAGCCAGGCAGUGCGCAGGGGCUGGGCAGGCCGGCUCGGCACGGCUCCCGGCCUUCGCUAUUUAUAAUCCCCAUCGCCUCCUCCGGCCGCUCUUCUGCGCGAGGAGAGCCCGGAGAGAACGGCUCCAAGAGAGGAGAGAGACCGCGGGGCUCCGCCGAACGGGGAUGCUGAGGGCGAUGUCCCGCUGAGCAUCUUUUCUCCGGGGUCGGAGUGUGAACAGCAUCGCGAUGCCGAGGAACAGGGAUUUCUCGGAGCCCGAGUACUCGGCCGAGUACUCCGCCGACUACUCGGUGAGCCUCCCGUCGGACCCCGAGCACGCCGUGGGCCGGACCCACGAGGUGACGGUGCGCAGCUCGGGGCCGUGCCUCUGUCUACCCCGCUUUAUGCGCCUCACCUUCGCUCCGGAGUCCCUGGAGAACCUCUAUCAGACCUAUUUCCGUCGCCAACGCCACGAGACCCUCCUGGUGCUGGUGGUCUUCGCUGCCCUCUUCGAUUGCUACGUCCUCCUCAUGUGCGCCGCGGUCUACGCCGCCGACAAGUUGGCCCCGGCGUUGGCAGCAGGGACCGGGUUGGCAGCCCACGUGUUGCUCUUCGCCCUCUGCAAAUACCGGCUGCUACCCGAGCGCGCUGCCCGUCGCUUCCUGCCCUACGUCCUUUGGGUCCUCAUCUUGGCCCAGAUCUUCUGUUAUUUGGGCCUCAACUUCUCGCGCUCUCCCGAGGCCAGCGACACGGUGGGCUGGCAGGCCUUCUUCGUCUUCUCCUUCUUCAUCACGUUGCCUCUACGCCUGGCGCCCAUCGUGCUCAUCACCGCCGUGUCCUGCGGCGUCCACACGCUGGUGCUCGGCGUCUCCGUUGCCCAACAGAGGCAGGAUGCCCUGGAUGAGGGCACGCUGCUGAGACAGAUCCUGUCCAACAUCGCCAUCUACCUUUGUGUCAUCACGGUGGGCACCAUGUCCUACUACAUGGCUGACCGCAAGCACCGCAAGGCCUUCCUGGAAGCACGACAGUCACUUGAGGUCAAGCUCAACCUGGAGGAACAGAGCCAGCAGCAGGAGCGGCUGAUGCUCUCCAUCCUGCCCAAGCAUGUGGCGGACGAGAUGCUGAAGGAUAUGAAGAAGGACCCGAGCCAGAAGGAGAUGCAGCAGUUCAACACCAUGUACAUGUACCGCCAUGAGAAUGUCAGCAUCCUCUUUGCAGACAUCGUGGGCUUCACACAGCUCUCCUCAUCCUGCAGUGCCCAGGAGCUGGUGAAGCUCCUCAACGAGCUCUUCGCCCGCUUCGACAAGCUGGCAGCCAAAUACCAUCAGCUGCGCAUCAAGAUCCUGGGUGACUGCUAUUACUGCAUCUGUGGGCUGCCCGACUACCGGGAGGACCAUGCCGUCUGCUCCAUCAUGAUGGGGCUUGCCAUGGUGGAGGCCAUUUCUUAUGUGCGGGAAAAGACCAAGACAGCGGUGGACAUGCGUGUGGGAGUGCACAGCGGGACGGUGCUGGGCGGCGUGCUGGGCCAGAAGCGUUGGCAGUACGACGUGUGGUCCACCGACGUCACUGUGGCCAACAAGAUGGAGGCAGGUGGCAUCCCUGGGCGUGUGCACAUCUCACAGAGCACCAUGGAUUGCUUGAAGGGUGAGUUUGAGGUGGAGCCAGGUGAGGGUGGCUCUCGCUGUGAGUACCUGAAGGAGAAGGGCAUUGUCACCUACCUCAUCGUGGUGCCCAAGCAGCCUCUACGCAAUGGCAUCAAUGGGGUGAAGCUGUCACUGACCUCAUCCCAUGGCGGCUCCCCACUGCUCGUCAACACCAAGGAGCGCAAUGGCAGUGUCAGCUUGGCGUGCACCAGCCCUGAGGAGCCUGAUGAGCCCGACACCAGGGUGAGGGGUACCCUGGAGAAUGGAGAGGAGGAUGGAGAGGCUGUGAACCCAUCCUUCCCCAACCCACGGCGCCGGCUGCGGCUACGGGACCUGGCUGAGAGGGUAAUUGAUGCAUCGCAGAAUGAGCAGGAGCUCAACAAGCUGCUCAAUGAGGCCCUCCUGGAGCGCGAGUCUGUCCAAGCGCUGAAGGGGAAGAGCACCUUCCGGCUCUCCAUGCGCUUCAUUGACCCUGAGAUGGAGACGCGCUACUCAGUGGAGAAGGAGAAGCAGAGCGGUGCUGCCUUCAGCUGCUCCUGUGUUGUCCUUUUCUUCACUGCCUUGGUGGAGGUCUUCAUCGACCCUUGGUUGGUGGCCAACUAUGUGACCUUUGCGGUAGGAGAGAUCCUGCUGCUCAUCCUCACCCUCUGCUCAUUGGCUGCCAUCUUUCCCCGGGUCUUCCCCAAAAAGCUUGUGGCCUUCUCCACCUGGAUUGACAGGACUCGCUGGGCACGCAACACCUGGGCCAUGGCUGCCAUCAUCAUUGUUACCAUGGCUGAUAUUGUGGACAUGCUCAGCUGCCAGCAGGACUACAGCGGGACAGGCAAUGGGACGGUGGUGCCACCACGGCCAGGCGGCUGUUGGGAGCAACCCAAAUACUACAGCUACAUCGCCGUGCUGGCCCUGGUGGCCACCAUCAUGCUGGUGCAGGUCAGCCACAUGGUCAAGCUGACUCUCAUGUUGCUGAUCACUGGGGCAGCUGGCACUGUCAACAUCUACGCCUGGGAGCACAUCUUCGACCAGUACGACCGCCACCGUAACCAGCAGAGCAUCAGGUCUUCACUGGUCCCCUCCAAGUACUCCAUGACAGCCAUGAUCUUCAUCGUGAUGCUCAGCUUUUACUACUUCUCUCGCCACGUGGAAAAGCUGGCGAGGACACUUUUCCUCUGGAAGAUUGAUGUCCAUGACCAGAAGGAGCGGGUCUAUGAGAUGCGGCGCUGGAACGAGGCCCUUGUCACCAACAUGCUGCCUGAGCACGUGGCCCGGCACUUCCUGGGCUCCAAGAAACGGGACGAGGAGCUGUACAGCCAGUCCUACGAUGAGAUUGGCGUCAUGUUUGCUUCUCUCCCCAACUUCGCUGACUUCUACACAGAGGAGAGUAUCAACAACGGGGGCAUCGAGUGCCUGCGAUUCCUCAAUGAGAUCAUCUCUGACUUUGACGCACUCCUGGAUGAACCCCAAUUCCGCUGCAUCACCAAAAUCAAAACCAUCGGCAGCACCUACAUGGCCGCAUCUGGAGUGACCCCUGAUGCUAACGCCAAUGGCUACAGCACCAAGAAGGAGAGCCUCUCGGAUAAGGAGCGCUGGCAGCAUUUGGCUGAUCUCGCCGACUUUGCCUUGGCCAUGAAGGUGACGCUGAUGAACAUCAACUACCAGUCCUUCAACAACUUCAUGCUGCGCAUAGGCAUGAACAAGGGCGCUGUGCUGGCAGGAGUCAUUGGUGCCCGCAAACCACAGUAUGACAUCUGGGGCAACACAGUGAAUGUGGCCAGCAGGAUGGAGUCCACUGGUGUGAUGGGGAACAUCCAGGUGGGACAGCACAACCUCAACAACCAAGGGGACAAACUGGGAGUUAUUCACAGGUGUUCACAGCCCUUGAAGUGCACUGUGAUUUGCACGGGAAGGGAAAGCAAUGCCAGCAGUACGCAGCAGGGCUGGGAGUGGUUGAUGGUUCCUCCAAGCUGGGAAUGGGGCAAGGCAUUGCUAAAAGUAGGGCACCUCAAGACGAUGGGCAGCUCGGUGGGUGGGUAAACCUGUUGCCCAAGCAGCACAUAGGGAUUGAGGAUGCUGGGCAGGGUCCCCCCAGCCUCCCACUGUGUCCAUUUGUUC